AUGGUACUUGCCCGCGUGGCCAACUUCUUCACAAACGGAGACUCUACCACCAACCUGACCGACGGUAGCCGGAGACAUGGCCCAAGCACAACACACGCAGUGGAACUGCCCAUGGAGGAUACCAAGCGGGCAGCAAUGGAGGACGAGGUAGACGAGGAAGCAGCGCGGCCGCCAUACCUACAUGCAAUGCUGGCAGGAGGAAUAGGAGGCACCACAGGCGACAUGUUGAUGCAUUCGCUGGAUACGGUCAAGACGCGACAGCAGGGCGACCCGCACAUGCCACCCAAGUACACAUCCAUGGGCAACACAUACUACACCAUAUGGCGGCAAGAAGGCUUCCGGAAAGGAUUGUACGGAGGAGUGAAGCCAGCAUUUCUUGGAUCGUUCUCGGGCACUGUGUGCUUCUUCGGAGCAUACGAGUGGACCAAACGGACCAUGAUUGACUAUGGGGUUGCACCCUCAGUCGCAUACUUCUCAGCCGGUCUGCUCGCUGAUCUCGCUGCUGCCCCCGCAUACGUCCCCUCUGAAGUCCUCAAGACUCGCCUCCAAUUACAAGGCCGCUACAACAACCCCUACUUCAAUUCAGGCUACAACUACCGCGGCACCAUCGAUGCCGCGCGAACAAUAGCCAGAGUUGAAGGUUACAGCGCCCUCUUUCACGGCUACAAGGCCACGCUCUGGCGCGACCUCCCCUUCUCAGCACUACAAUUUGCCUUUUACGAAGAAGAGCGGGACUGGGCGAAGAAGUACAUGGGCUCAAACAACAUCGGACUGCCGCUAGAAAUCGCAACUGCAGCGACCGCAGGCGGCAUGGCAGGCGUCAUAACAACCCCUCUCGACGUAGUAAAGACGCGCAUCCAAACCCAACACAACGGCCCAUCUCCCGCCUCUCCACCCGCAUCCAAAGCACCACUGUCGCCCGCCGCGACCUCGAAACACUCGACCCCCUCGCAAACAACCAAGACGAAAUCGACGCAAAGUAGACCGAUAUCCACUUCCUCUCCCUCCACGACACUAAAAGCCCACGGCGCCGCUACCCUCGACACAUCCUCCGUCAUGACCGGCCUAAGGAUAAUAUACAAAACAGAAGGAAUAGCCGGGUGGUUCAGAGGCGUGGGUCCGCGCGCCGUCUGGACGAGUGUGCAAUCAGGGACUAUGUUGGUACUGUACCAAACGUUACUACGGUAUUUCGAGCAACAUCCGCUGUCUGGCGGCGAAGAUGUGUGA